GGUUAUUUUCUUUCGAAGUUUUCUUGGGCCGUUUUUUACUCCGUCAAGUUUUUCUCUCAAUAGCUUUUUAACCAUUUUCUCCAAAGGAAAAUGUGGCGCCAUUGUUGCUGCUUACUCUCCGUUGCACUCAUAAUGGCAAUGAUCCCACGUUUGAACACCGCUGUAAUAAACAAGAAUCAAGCCAUCAAAACCAAAUCUUUUCUCACCCCAUUAUUCACCAUGACGCCUGGUUCAGUGGUCGAGAGAUUCUACUACAGCACCAACUUUCCCAAAGCCCAUAUUGCCCUGAAGGGCUUCGACGUUGAAGUUGUAGACGACGCAAGCAACCCUGUCCCGCUCUUUGAAACGUAUUUGCACCACUGGGCAAUCUCCAGGUAUUAUCAACACAAAGAUGCAAAAGAUCCCAAUACAAACGUUUCAUUCACUCAAAUUAAUGAACCAAAUUUCAUGAUUGCGGGAAACAAUGGAGUGUGCCAAAAACAUGUUUUUCCACAAUUUUAUGGGACAGGGGCUGAUUCAAGAAGAACAUCCUCAUUUCUUCCGAACCCAUAUGGAAUUGAAGUUGGGAAUGAAGUGGAAGUUCCUUUAGGGUAUGAAGAAAAAUGGGUAUUAAAUCUCCAUGCCAUUGAUACUCGGGGCGUGGAGGACAGACUGGGAUGCAUUGAGUGUCAACGCCAUUUGUAUAAUGUUACGAAGGAUGAGGUUGGGAUGGCAUUGGAAGUAGAUUAUAAAGGAGGUUUGAGAUGUUGUUAUGAUAAAACUAAGUGUAAACUGAGGGAAAGUUAUGAGGGAGGAGAAGAAAGGAGUUUGUAUGUGAGAUAUACUGUGAAGUGGAUGGAUUGGGAUGAUGAUCUUGUGAUUCCCCUAAAGGUCUAUAUAUUUCAUGUCACUGAUACUUGGAAUCCAUUGACAGGCAUCACUGGAGCUCCCGAAGAACACAAUUGUCUUGUGGAGUAUAACGUAGAGGCUUGCUCCCCUACAAACAAGCCUGAUGAUGAAUGUAAAGCUACCAAAAUGGUGAGGCUAAUCUCUCCCAGCAGUGGCUAUCUCAUAUAUGGGAUGGCUCAUCUUCAUAUUGGUGCCAUUGGCUCAAUGCUUUAUGGAGAGGACGGAAGGCUGUUAUGUUCUUCGUCUCCGAUAUAUGGACAUGGAAGUGAAAUAGGGAAUGAAGAUGGAUAUGUGGUUGGAAUGUCAACUUGUUAUCCACAGCCAGGCUCUGUCAAAAUCAAUAAAGGAGAAAUGUUGAGUCUUAUAUCUAAAUAUGAGCCUGCACAGAACCACGUUGGGGUUAUGGGCCUCUUUCAUAUAAUGGUUGCACAAAAGCUACCAAACUCAUUGCUUCACAUGGUACCAUUCAAGCUUGCUGAUGAUACCACCUUGUAAGCCUAUCAUACUUGAGUGAUAUCCAUUACAUAAUAUUAUGUGUGUUCUAGCAAAGUCCUAUGGUUUUGAUGUUGGAGUUUAUUGGUAUAGGUUUGUUACAAGCCUAAGAUUAUGAACCCUAAAUGUAUUAAGCUUAUGAUUGAAAAAGAAUAUGGAACAAAAGUUUGGGUUUGUGACGGAGGUUGAUAUAUAAAUGACUCGACAUGGACAUG